AUGUUGAGUGGCACAUGGACACAAAGCAUCUCCCAGAUCCUGGGCUGGGCCUAUUUCAUCCUAUGGUCUCUGUCCUUCUACCCGCAAGUCCUGAAUAAUCACAGCCGCCAUUCGACAGACGGCUUCUCCAUCGACUUUGCUCUACUUAACCUCCUCGGAUUGACCUCAUACACCAUAUUCAAUGCCUGCUUCCUCUUUUCACCAGUCGUGCGCGCCCAGUAUGCCCAGCGACAUCCCCAGAGCCCCACCCCAACCGUCCAAUGGAACGACUUUGUCUACGCCCUCCACGGAGCCUUAAUCUGUUGCUAUCUCGGGAGCCACUUCCUCUGCGCGCGGUUCUGGAACUUCGAGUCCAAGCCGCAGCGGGUGAGUAACUUGACUCUCGUGGUCGUUUUGGGCUACAUGGGGGUAGUAUCCCUCGCCACUCUGCGGGUUCUGGUAUCGGCAUCGUGGGAAUGGAUUGACGUGGUCUACGUAAUGGGCAUGGCUAAGGUAUUCCUAACAGCCAUCAAAUACACCCCCCAAGCAGUGAUGAAUUAUUGGCGGCAAUCGACAGCCGGGUUUUCUAUUGGCGCUAUCCUGCUGGAUCUGGCGGGCGCGGCACUCUCGCUAAUGCAGCUGGUGCUGGACUCUUCAUUACAGGCGGACUGGUCGGGCACUGUUGGUAAUGUCGCCAAACUCCUCCUGGGUAAUAUCACAGUCCUGUUCGAUCUUAUCUUUAUCUUGCAGCAUUUCGUGCUGUAUCGGGAGCGGCGGCACAGACGAAGUAGCAAUGGAACGCAAAGUUACUCCCCGGUUUAA